AUGACAUAAAAACAAACAUAUCUACUGUAACAUAGAUUUGUUAUUAUAAUUGUCACUGAUUUAUUCGCCUUAUAUUGGUGAUAUUUAUCACGUGAAAAUUUGUUUGGAUUUAUUAGAUUUGCAUCAUUUCUUUUUCUAAAUUUUGAUAUAUUGCAGGUUGUGCACUGCAAGAAGUAGAUAAAAUAACGGUGUGAUGGCGGACACAAGAGUAUCUGGAGAUAUAAGUGUUGAUGUGAUGAUACAGACUUUUGAUUGCAAACAUACCGGUUCCUUAUCAACAGAAGGGACAGGAAUGCUAUUCUGGAGAAAAUGGAUUUCGAAAUAUUUCAUCAUCUCAAAAGGAGGAAAGGAAGGCUGUGUAUGGAACUUUUAUUGCUAUGAUACAGAAUUUGCAAGAAAACAAGAGUGGUCGAUAUCGAUGCGAGAAGUAGAAAGACAUGAGUGUUGGGCAUCUGGGCACUUGGCAGGAAUAUUUAGUUAUCAAAGCUAUAUUUAAUUCUGGCGCGGUGAUUGAAAGUUUGUUUUUGAUAUGUAUCUUAUCCCAUUCAAAGGGUCAUGAGUUGUACAAAAUUGUGUAGACGCAGUCUAGCUUGACACUGUGCACACCAAAUAUCUUAUCUUUCUAUUUGGUUUGGAAGAACAAUAUUUCAAAUUUUUUCCCUAACUUUUACUUGUAAAGAGAAUAUAUAUUUUCUCCCAUGGACAAACUCAAUCAAACCAAGUCUGAUUUUUCAUUGUUUCAGAGGACUUACUUUCCGUGAUUUAUUUUUUCUAUUUGCCACGUUGAACACAUAUUUACUAUGAUAUUGAGUACAGUAUUCAAUAAAGUCGGAAUACCUUG